GUGAGUUUCUUCAGUGAGAAAAGCAAGGCUUGUAAGCAAUGGGAGAGAGCACAGAAUUGCUUCGAGCUCAAGCCCAUGUUUGGAAUCAUACUUUCAAAUAUAUCAACUCCAUGUCUUUAAAAUGUGUGGUUGAAUUGGGCAUUCCAGACAUCAUCCAUAGCCACGGCCAACCCAUGAGCCUUUCCAAUUUAGUGGAUGCACUCCAUAUUCAACCUUCCAAAGCUCAAUGCCUAAAUCGCCUUAUGCGUCUCCUCGUUCAUGCUGGUUUCUUUAUUCAAACUCAUGGCGAUAAUGAGCAAGAGGAGUACGCUCUUACGCCGUCCUCUCGCCUUCUCCUAUGCCGCAACACGGCAUUUGAAAACAUACCUUUUGUGUUUCUAAUUCUCAAUCGAGCUAUGAUGGCUCCAUUGGAAACCAUGAGUAGUUGGUUAUGUAGUGUGGAUGAGCAUUCCAAUUCUGCCUUUGAAAUGGCGAAUGGAAAGUCGAUAUGGGAUUAUGUAUCGCAGGAACAUGAUUUUGGCAAACUAUUUCAUCAAACAAUGGUGCAUGAUUCUCAACUAAUUGGAAAAGUAGUUACAAGGGAGUGUCGAGAGGUUUUUGAAGGGUUGAAAUCGUUGGUUGAUGUUGGUGGUAGCACAGGCUUUAUGGCCAAGGCUAUUGCAGAGGCAUUUCCACACAUCACUUGCACUGUGUUUGAUCUCCCUCAAGUGGCUGCUAACUCCCAACAAACCACAAAAAACUUAAGUUUCAUCGGAGGUGACAUGUUUGAAGCAAAAAUUCCACCUGCAAAUGCAGUUCUGCUUAAGUGGAUUCUGCAUGAUUGGAAUGACGAAGAAAGCAUUCGAAUAUUGAAGAACUGUAAAGAUGCAAUUCCAAGUAGAGCCGAGRGUGGGAAAGUGAUAGUCAUAGAUAUGGUAGUAGAAAACCAAAUAGAAGACAAGGAGUCAGUUGAAGCUCAACUCUGUUGUGAUCUCUUGGUGAUGACGAGUUACAACGGGAGAGAGAGAAAUGAAAGAGAAUGGAAGAAUCUCUUUUUAACUGCUGGUUUUAGUGACUACAAGAUAAUUUCUAUGUUGGGUUUAAGGUCUCUGAUUGAGGUGUACCCUUAAUAAUUUGAAGCCUUUUUCGAAGUCCCGUCCUUUAUAACAUUCCAAAUCCAAUAAACAUUAUGUGUCAUUGUUUAGUUAUGGUAAGGAAGCUAAGCAUCAAAAUAAAAAUGCAUUAGAUUGAAAGAUGGUGUGAAAUCAGAAUUAUAUUUUUACUA